AUGGUCCGCGCUUCAUCCUACCUCGGCUCCCUUGCCGUCCUCGCCGCCUCGGCGAUGGCCAAGGAGAUCCAGAUGAACGAUGCCAUCUCGGCUGAGUUCUACGACUCUGGCAAGGUCCACGAACAAGUCAUCGCUGCUAAGAAGGUAAGCUCAAAACUCUUAACGAGCACGACAGGAACUGGGACUGAUGAAGAACACCAGGCCGAGUUCGCUCGCCAGAGAGAAGCUGGUGCUUACAACAGUGAGGUCUGGCCCGAGCUGGGCUACACCCCCUGUGUAAACGGUUGGGCCGAGGCUGUCGUUGGAGACAGGAACAACACCUUCAGGUGUCACAACGCCGACUUGUACUCCUUUGUCAGCCACGCUGCCCUCGGUGGACCCCUUGCUGAGGGCUCUUCCUCGUGGGGAUGGACCAACGACGAUGGUCGUGAGUUCGUCGCCAUCGGCCAGUAUGAGGGUACCGCUUUCGCCGAGAUCCUCUCGGACGGCAAGCUCGUCUACCUCGGCCGCUUGCCCCAAUACUCGGCACCCUCCGAGUGGCGCGAGAUUCGCUCCUACAAGCACUACAUGGUCAUUGGCUCCGAGGCCGUUGGCCACGGCAUUCAGAUCUUCGACAUGAAGAAGCUCUUGAACAUUGACCCCGCCAACCCCGUUGUCUUUGACGCCAAGGCUGACUUGACCGGUCACUUCAACGCCCUCCUGCCCCUGGGCCGUGCUCACAACGUUGUCAUCAACGAGGAGCUCAACUACGGUGUCGCCGUUGGUGCCGCGCCCCGUACCGACCCUCUUUGCGCCGCCGGUCUGAACUUCUUCGACCUGACGGACCCCUCUAACCCCGUCUCUCUGGGUUGCGCCAAGGACGAUGGAUACGUCCACGACGCUCAGUGCUUGGUCUACCGUGGGCCCGAUAAGCGCUACCAGGGCCGUGACAUCUGCUACGGCUACAACGAGGAUACUCUCACCAUCUACGACGUUACCGACAAGGCCAACGUCACUAACAUCAUCUCCCGCAUCUCGUACGAGGGUGCUUCCUACACUCACCAGGGUUGGGUCCUUGAUGUGAACAACCAGGAGUUCCUUGUCCUCGACGACGAGCUUGAUGAGGUUCGUGGCAACGGCCCUGGCGGAGACGGAUACCCCGUCACUUUCAUCUGGGACAUCAGAGACCUUGAGAACCCCAAGCAGACCGGAGAGUUCAAGCACCCCACCAAGGCCAUCGAUCACAACCAGUACGUCAUCGACAACUACAUCUACCAAUCCCACUACGGCGCCGGCCUCCGCGUCCUCGAUGGCACCUCCAUCCCCACCGACCCCACCGGCGCCGGCGUCUGCGAGGCUGCCUACUUCGACAUCUACCCCGAGGACGACGACUUCGAGGGCGGCGGCUACGUCGGCUUCGUCGGCACCUGGUCCUCGUACGCCUACUUCCCCUCGGGCUACAUCUUCAUCAACACCAUCGAGCGCGGCGCCUUCGUUGUCAAGCUGACCGGCAAGGACUGCCCCAAGGCCCCCGUCUGCAACGCCGACAACUGCCUGCGCUCGUUCCGCGCCACUUCCGUCCCUGGCCGUCUCGAGGAGUCGCAGGCUUUCUGCAAGUCGUUCCUGAGCAAGCCUGUCAAGGAUGCUAGCGUUCUUCCCGCGCACGCGGUGCAGAACUGCGCCAAGGAGGAUAAGGUUGCUCAGGCUAGCAGUGCUUGCGCCUGCUUGCCUGCUGCCACCCCCGCUCCUUGA